GCGGGGUUGGCGGGGGAGGGGCAGUCACCGCCGAGCGACAGUCACGGCGGCGGCAGCGGCAGUGCUGAGCACGAGUCAAGCGGCAGCUCUCAGAGAGGCAGCACAGAGUUGUCUUCUCUAUGCGGAGCAGCAGCCUGCGGUGGCGGCGACCCCUCGCUCCCAGUCUCUGAGGGACCCCGCGGCGAGGUCAGCUGUCGCUGAAGGCGAGGCUGGGGAUCUCGGCGGUGGCGGCGGCGGCACUGGCAGGAAAGCUCCAAAGACGGGAUGUAGGGCCGCGCGGGCGGUUGGCAGCUCCUCUUCGAGUGCUCCUGAAGGGGCAAUGCUACCCUUCGCUCCUCUAGACGAGCCCUGGGAGGCAGAAAUGGAGGUGUUCCGUGGCAGCGCAAGCAGUGGCGAGGUGAAUGGUCUUAAAAUGGUUGAUGAGCCAAUGGAAGAGGGAGAAGCAGAUUCUUGCCAAGAUGAAGGAGUUGUUAAAGAAAUCCCUAUUACUCAUCAUGUUAAGGAAGGAUAUGAAAAAGCAGAUCCUGCACAAUUUGAAUUGCUCAAGGUUCUUGGUCAGGGAUCCUUUGGAAAGGUUUUUCUUGUUAGAAAGAAGACCGGUCCUGAUGCUGGGCAGCUCUAUGCAAUGAAGGUGUUAAAAAAAGCUUCUUUAAAAGUUCGAGACAGAGUUCGGACAAAGAUGGAAAGGGAUAUACUGGUGGAAGUAAAUCAUCCAUUUAUUGUCAAAUUGCACUAUGCCUUUCAGACUGAAGGAAAGCUAUAUUUAAUAUUGGAUUUUCUCAGGGGAGGAGAUGUCUUCACAAGAUUAUCCAAAGAGGUUCUGUUUACAGAGGAAGACGUUAAAUUCUACCUUGCAGAACUGGCCCUUGCUUUGGAUCAUCUGCACCGAUUAGGAAUUGUAUAUAGAGAUCUGAAGCCAGAAAACAUUUUGCUUGAUGAAAUAGGACAUAUCAAGUUAACAGAUUUUGGACUCAGCAAGGAAGCAGUAGAUCAAGAAAAGAAGGCCUACUCAUUUUGUGGUACAGUGGAAUAUAUGGCUCCUGAAGUAGUGAAUAGGAGAGGUCAUUCCCAAAGUGCGGAUUGGUGGUCAUAUGGUGUUCUUAUGUUUGAAAUGCUUACUGGUACUCUGCCAUUUCAAGGUAAAGACAGAAAUGAGACCAUGAAUAUGAUAUUAAAAGCAAAACUUGGAAUGCCUCAGUUUCUUAGCGCUGAAGCCCAAAGUCUUCUAAGGAUGUUAUUCAAAAGGAAUCCAGCAAAUAGAUUGGGUUCAGAAGGAGUUGAUGAAAUCAAAAGACAUCUUUUUUUUGCAAAUAUUGACUGGAAUAAAUUAUAUAAAAGAGAAGUUCAUCCUCCUUUCAAACCUGCUUCUGGAAAACCAGAUGAUACUUUUUGUUUUGAUCCUGAAUUUACUGCAAAAACACCUAAAGAUUCUCCUGGUUUGCCAGCCAGUGCUAAUGCUCAUCAGCUCUUCAAAGGAUUCAGCUUUGUUGCAACUUCUAUUGCAGAAGAAUAUAAAAUCACUCCUAUCACAAGUACAAAUGUAUUACCAAUUGUUCAGAUAAAUGGAAAUGCUGCACAAUUUGGUGAAAUGUAUGAAUUGAAAGAGGAUAUUGGUGUUGGCUCAUAUUCUGUUUGCAAGCGAUGCAUACAUAGUGCUACCAGCAUGGAAUUUGCAGUGAAGAUCAUUGACAAAAGUAAGAGAGACCCCUCAGAAGAAAUUGAAAUUUUGAUGCACUAUGGACAACACCCCAACAUUAUCACUUUAAAGGAUGUUUAUGAUGAUGGUAGAUAUGUUUACCUUGUUACGGAUUUGAUGAAAGGAGGGGAACUACUUGACCGUAUUCUCAAACAAAAGUGUUUCUCAGAACGAGAAGCUAGUGAUGUACUGUUUAUAAUAACUAAGACAGUUGACUAUCUUCAUUGUCAAGGAGUUGUUCAUCGUGAUCUUAAACCUAGUAAUAUUUUAUACAUGGAUGAAUCAGCCAAUGCAGACUCCAUUAAGAUCUGUGAUUUUGGGUUUGCAAAACAACUUCGAGGAGAAAAUGGACUUCUCCUAACUCCAUGCUACACUGCAAACUUUGUAGCACCUGAGGUUCUUAUGCAGCAAGGCUAUGAUGCUGCUUGUGAUAUUUGGAGUCUUGGAGUCCUUUUUUAUACAAUGUUGGCUGGUUACACUCCAUUUGCUAAUGGCCCUAAUGAUACUCCUGAAGAGAUACUGCUGCGUAUAGGCAAUGGAAAGUUUUCUUUGAGUGGUGGAAACUGGGACAGUAUUUCAGAUGGAGCAAAGGAUUUGCUUUCCCAUAUGCUACAUAUGGACCCACAGCAGCGGUACACAACAGAGCAAGUAUUAAAACAUUCAUGGAUGAUCCACAGAGAUCAGUUGCCAAAUGAUCAGCCAAGUAGAAAUGAUACAUCACAAGCUGUUAAGGGAGCCAUGGUUGCCACAUAUUCUGCACUGACUCAUAAUACCUUUCAACCAGUCCUAGAGCCUGUUGCUGCUUCAAGCUUAGCUCAGCGACGGAGCAUGAAAAAGCGAACAUCAACUGGCCUGUAAGAUUUUUAGUGUUCCUCACCCAAAAUGGAUGAAGAAAAAAUUAAAAGUAUGGCUUUUUGUCCAAUCUUAUAUCAAAGGCAUUGUUUUCUACUACAUUACUUGAAUAUUCUGUUUAAGCUUACUUUUUUAGGGAGUGUGAGGUAAAAGACAUAUACACAUCCACAAUAUUCAUAUUAUAUUGUUUUUCAGUAUUUUUGAGGUAUUUAUUUAAGUAUAUAAUGGGUGUCUGAAGGUCCUACCAGCUUUUCUGCACACUAGCUUCUAAAGUUCCUUUCAAAUAAAGUUACUUCAACAGUU